AGACUAUUUGUUUCGACAUCUCUUUAGAUCUAAUAGAUAUAAAAUAGUAUUUAUUAUCCCUUUGCCAAUAUAAACAAUAAUUAUAUAUGUGUUAAAAGGUAUUGUCUCAUACUGUAUACAGACCGAUAACAAGUGUACAGUGUGCAAGUACUCGUAUAGAAUAUUCAAGAUAUAUAUCACGGAGAUAACAGGUUGUAAUGCGAAUUAAAAAUCCUCAACCUUGUUAGAAAUCAGUCAAAGCAGCUCUAGCAUCAUGACUGGGACCGUCUUUAGCUUAGUUCUUCUGAUAUGUGUCUUUGCAACAAAUGUAGAUUCACAUCCUAGAAUUAAGGAACAAAAUUUGACAGCAUUAAGCAAUGAAACGACUCAUAUCGAACAUGUCACCAAAACUCAUACAUGGCACGCGAAACAUUUAUAUUUUGUUCCAUUUGCUAGGCCAUUUAGAGACUCGGAUUCUUCAGCUUGUAACGCCAGCUCUGGUGGCGACGACGACGAUUUUCCAUACUUUUUAACCGAAACUCAAAUUCUACAUGGAGGAAUAAUAUUGGUUAUUCUGAUUGGUACAUACGGCUUCACGUUAUUGGCCGUUGUUUGCAAUGAUUAUUUCUUACCUUGCGUUGAAACCAUUUGUGAAAAAUUAAAUUUAACUCCUGAUGUUGCAGCUGCCACAUUCAUGUCUAUUGCUACAUCUACUCCGGAAUUUUUUACCAACAGUAUAGGUACUUUUAUUACGGAAUCCGAUUUGGGUAUCGGUACGAUUGUAGGUUCGUCAAUGUUUAAUGCUUUGGGUGUCCCCGCUAUUGGAGGAUUAGCCAGUGUUAGACCACUACAACUUGAUUGGUACCCUCUUACUCGAGACACACUUAUUUACAUUAUCGCUGUGAGCAUUUUAAUUUAUAUUUCAUGGGAUGGAAACAUUUAUUGGUACGAGACUCUCAUUUCUCUUGCGUUCUAUAUUAUAUACUUCGUCAUAAUGAUCAAUAACAAGCGGAUUUCCAAGUUCGUUAGAAAAUUAUUAAACAAAGAAGAAAUUAACGUCACAACUGCCAAUGACCAACUCAAAGACGUCAUCGAAAGUGUAGAAAAGAAAAGAAAAAGUCAUAAUGUAAACGAUGACGAUCUUCCUAAAUUAUCGCACCUUUCCGCUUAUGGUACGUACAUGGAUGGACACGCCGACCCAAAUUAUGAAAAUGAACAUCAAAAGGUUUUAGAAACUAUUCAAGAAGAAGUUAAGAAAGAGGCAGAAAAAUCCAUCUUUAGAAAACCGACGGGCAACAUUUUUCAAAAAUUUAUGUUCUAUUAUACUUGGCCAUUAAAGUUGCUCCUUAAGUACACUGUACCGAAUCCAACAGUGCAUCCAAGUUUAUUUCCUAUUACUUUUCUCAUGUGUAUAGUUUGGAUUGGUGCUAACUCAUAUGUUGUAUCUUGGAUGAUUAGUAUUAUUGGUACAAUUACCCAUUUACAAGAUGCUUUACUGGGUAUGACUGUCAUGGCAGUAGGAGGGUGUGUACCUGAAACAGUGUCAAUGACAAUUUUAGCUCGAAGAGGAGAGGGAGGUUUUGGAGUCUCAAACUCUCUAGGAGCAAACACCAUGAACAUUCUUUACUCACUGGGAUUGUCAUGGUUGUUAAAAAGCUUAAUAAAUGGUCAAAAAACACCAAUUAAAAUUCACUCAGGAUCAUUAGAAUAUACAAUUAUGUCACUAAUUGUAGCUGCAUCUUCAUUGUAUAUCAUACUAUUAUUUAGCAAAUUUAGGUUAUCAAAAACAUCUGGUUCGAUUAUAGGUAUUUUUUAUAUAGCAGCAGUAGUACUUGCCAUCCUAACUCAAACUGUAUUUUCUAAAUCAAAUGACUGUUAAAACUUUUAAAUUAAUUAAAAUGAUAAUUAUCAAAUAACUAUUAAAUGAUUUGUGCCAACAUUCUUUAGCGUUAUUUAAAUUAUUUUUAUUUUUAUAAGGACAUAUUUUGUAAAUACUCUACUAGAUAUUACAUCUGUGAUGAAUAAUGCUUCGUUUAAAAUAUGAAACCUAGUAAUUUUUUUGAGAUACUAUGUAUCAACUAUUUCAUGAAUGCAUUACUAAAAGUAGAUUUUAUGAUGAUAAUCAUAUCAUUUUUGAAUUUAAAAAUUAUAAGUAGGUAAUUUAGAGAGACUCAAAGUUCAUACUAAUUUUCUUAUCACUAUUAUUAAUACUAGUAUCACAAAAAAAAGACAUUUUAAACGGCGAUACCUAAAAAAAAUUAGGUAUUUAUGUAAAUAUAUUUUGUUAUUUAAUUUUUUA